CGGAAGCGGCAGGGAGCGAGGAGGAGAGUCCAAUUGCAAACGGGAGCAACGCAUUCGCCUGGCCCUCUUCAAAGAGCAGCAACGUGGAAACAAGGAGGGAAGAGCGAUUCGCAUCGCUUCUUGCACGCAGAGCCUAAGCGUCUCUACCCUACACAGCCGCACGGCAAAACAAGAAAGAAACAGUGGCUUUCGGUUCUGCUCAACAAGCUCUGUCCCAGAGGAAUGUGGGAGAACUGGCUGUGGUGAGGGGAAAGCAGCACUCUGAACGUCCACAGAGGCACUCCUUGCUCCGUCGCACGAUUGAACUGGCAACGAACCUAUGCUUACAAAACACGGGUUUUCUUUCUGGCGCGCAACAAAUCCCGUCUCAGAUGCGACUGACUGGCUUUAGAGGAAGGAGGGAUACUCUGGCCAUCCUCAGAGGAACUCUCUGCGAUGUCCCACGGCCGCUGUCCUGGCAUGGAUUCCAGGUCUCUGAGCUGAAGCGAGGCCCCGCCAAGCACCUGUAAGUUGCCCAGUGCAGCCUGCAACAAAGCGCCAAGAAAGCUGCCAGCCCUCUCGGCGUUCCGCCACGGCUAACCUGGCCGCUGCCUGCCUGCUGCCUCCCCCCGCCCUUGCUCCAAGCCCUCCUCGACCCGAGCGGGACUUCCUCUUCCUUUCCGAAACACUCCCUGCCCGGCCAGGAUUCCAGCUGCCGGCGGAGACCAACUGUGCACACUGCGUUGUCCUCUGUGGGGGGAGCUUUUGUGAGCCGGCCGCUCCGCCCCAAGAGGUCGGCCGAAGCGCCGCUGCUCCUGAGGGACGAGGCGGGGGCGGUAGGCCGGCCGAGUCCGAAACAAAGCUCGGCUGGCCCGCCUGCUUCUCGUUCUUCCUGGCACGGCGCGUUCUUCGGGGCUGCCUCCUUUGGUCCGUGCUGCCCUUUCUCCUGCUGCUGCUCUCCUUGCAGGCUCCUUCGCAGCUCUCUGAAAGGAGGAGCUCAGUGGAGUUUUCCCGGAGAAAAUGUCAACUUUAACCAUGGAAACCCAGUGUCCGAAUGAGAGAGGAAGUUUUUUUAAGCUGAUUGACACAAUUGCUUCAGAAAUCGGAGAACUGAAACAAGAAAUGGUACAGACAGAUCUGAUGCUGGAAGAUGGACCUACCAGUUUACAAAGCUUAAAGAAAGACAUGGACAAUAUGUGUCUGGAUCAAAAAGAUUUUAAAAGCUUCCCACGAGAUUCUGGAUAUGACAGCCUUCCCAAUAAGCUUAGUAUCCUAGAUAAACUUCUUCAUACGCACCCUGUCUGGUUACAGCUUGGCUUGAAUGAUACGGAAGCAGUGGAAAUUCUGCAGUCUGAACCUCCUGGAACGUUCCUUGUUAGGAAAUCCACAAGAAUGCAAAAGAAAGUCCUAUCUCUUCGUCUACCAAAUGAUUUUGGAUCAUGCCUCAAAGAGUUUGCAAUAAAAGAGAGCACGUAUACCUUUUCCUUGGAAGGCUCUGGAAUAAGCUUUGCUGACUUAUUCAGGCUCAUUGCUUUCUACUGUAUUAGCAGGGAUGUCUUGCCUUUCACCUUGAAGUUGCCUCAUGCUAUUGCAACAGCAGCGACAGAGGCUGAACUCGAAAAGGUGGCUCAGCUGGGACUGAAUUUUUGGAGCUCUCCAGCUAACAACAGACUGCAAAAUCCCUCACCCCGUAAGAAGCCUCUGCUUUCAGACAGCAUUUAUAAAGGCUCCCAGCAGCUCUGCCUCAUAAAUGGAAUCCAUUCUAUAAGAACCAGAACGCCUUCAGAACUGGAGUGCAGCCAGACCAAUGGAGCGCUGUGUUUCAUUAACCCUCUCUUCUUGAAAGUGCAUAGCCAGGAUGUCAGUGGAAAUCUGAAAAGGCAGUGCCCAAGAACUCAAGAUGUGAAUGGCCCAGAGGGAUCACGCUCUCCCCCACCCAGGCCUCCCCCACCUUCUAUUCAUAGCCGCCUUGCAAGCCCUCAGCUGUCCAGGACUAUAAACCAGGCAAGUCUGCCAGAAACUGUCAACCACAACAAACACUGGGACUUGGAUUCAUUGCAGCAGAGGCCAACUCCUAUCCCACCACCUCGUCUGAAGAAAAAGGCACUCACUUUAGAAGCAGAGAGCAGUACAAAGAGCUCAGUAGUAACUCGACCAAGCCACAGCUCUGUGCAUGGGUCAGAAGCUGCUAGCAUUCCAGGUGGAGCCCUGCCUCCGCACAAUUUAGCAGGCAACAAAAAGAGCUUGGUUGCAGGCUCUGAGUCACAAGUGCCGUGGAAUGGAGGCAGGCAGAGACUAAGCGACAUGAGUCUUUCAACAUCCUCCUCAGACUCUUUGGAUUUUGACCGGAGUAUGCCACUCUUUGCUUAUGAUGGUGAUACUAACAGCAGCUUGGAGGAGUAUGAAGGGGAAAGUGAUCAGGAGAGCAUGGCACCCCCCUUGAAGCCCAAGAAGAAGAGGACCAGUUCAUUUGUGCUUCCCAAGAUUGUGAAAUCCCAGCUGCGGAAAGUGAGUGGAGUUUUCAGUUCCUUCAUGACCCCAGAGAAAAGGAUGAUCAAGAAAAUAGCAGAAAUGUCUCGAGACAAGCGCACCUAUUUUGGGUGCCUGGUUCAGGACUAUGUGAGCUUUCUGCAGGAGAACAAGGAGUGCCACGUCUCCAGCACAGACAUGCUUCAGACUAUUCGGCAGUUUAUGACCCAAGUCAAGAGCUACUUGUCUCAGAGCUCUGAACUGGAUCCCCCCAUUGAAUCUCUGAUUCCAGAAGACCAAAUAGAUGUAGUGUUGGAGAAAGCCAUGCACAAGUGCAUCCUGAAACCUCUCAAGGAUCACAUUGAGGUGAUGCUGAAGGAGUUCCACACAGCUGAUGGUUCUUGGAAACAACUGAAAGAGAACCUUCAGCUUGUACGACAGAGGAAUCCUCAGGAGCUGGGGGUGUUUGUCCAGACACCAGAUUUUGUGGAUGUUGAAAAGAUUAAAGUCAAAUUCAUGGCCAUGCAGAAAAUGUACUCACCCGAAAAGAAAGUCAUGCUGUUGCUAAGAGUCUGCAAACUGAUUUACACAGUAAUGGAGAACAAUACAGGGAGAAUGUAUGGGGCUGAUGAUUUUUUGCCAGUGCUGACUUAUGUUGUGGCUCAGUGUGACAUGCUGGAGCUAGAUGCUGAAAUUGAGUAUAUGAUGGAGCUGCUGGACCCAUCUUUGCUACAUGGAGAAGGGGGCUACUAUUUGACAAGUGCAUAUGGAGCGCUUUCUUUAAUCAAGAAUUUCCAGGAAGAACAAGCAGCCCGGUUGUUGUGUUCAGAAGCCCGAGAUACCCUCCGGCAGUGGCAUAAGCGGAGGACAACAAACAGAACAAUCCCGUCUGUUGAUGAUUUUCAGAACUAUCUUCGAGUUGCAUUCCAGGAAGUAAACAGUGGUUGCACAGGGAAAACGUUGCUAGUGAGACCAUAUAUUACUACAGAGGAUGUGUGUCGGCUCUGUGCUGAGAAGUUUAAAGUAGAUAAUCCCGAUGACUAUAGCCUCUUCCUUUUUAUCGAUGACACCUGGCAGCAACUGACAGAAGACACCUAUCCUCAAAAAAUCAAAGCUGAAUUGCACAGUCGACCACAGCCCCAGGUCUUCCAUUUUGUCUAUAAGCGCAUCAACAGUGACCCUUAUGGGGCCAUUUUUCAAAACGACAACAGUGACCACGCUUCAUAAAGCUGAUGCUUUUUGUUGCUGUGUUUUAAGUUGCUGAAGGCAUUCUUAGCAUGCUGACUGACUUUUUGAAAUUACAUGGUCUUCAGGGCUCUAAACCAAAUGCCCAAUAAGAACGUGAACAAAAGCCAUUAUCACUGACUGUAAAAAUAUGUAUAUAAUAAUCUGGCCAGUUGUACAGUCUGUAUCACAGUGGCGUGAGAGCAUACAGCCAAUGGAGCUGAACUUAAUGGAUCGCAGUUCUGCUCAAAUAUACUGCACUAUGUCCAUCUGCAGGUCUGCUCAACAUUUUACUCUAAUCCUUGGUUCAAGCACUAUCUUUCAGUUAAGUAUAUUGAUGGCCAGACCUACUUGCUGGUGGGCUGACCAUUUUACCAGCGUACAUAUGCAAUACUGUCCGAUGCAGGGCAUCAAUAAACUCUGUUAUAUGGAUGGUAACAGCCUUCUCUAAAAUAGAUUUAAAUUAUUAUUUUACUGAAGGCAACAUUUUUUUUAAGUAUUUCACAGAAAUUUUAUAGCAGUUGCAGGUAAACUGAAAUGAUUGGUUCUUAAAAUAUUUUUUUAAACUAUAAAAUAUUAUAUAAUUAUGCAUGUGAUUUUUUUAAACAUACAUAUACAAAAAUAAAUCUCUUGCUGGUUUUAGAGUAUUGCAUUGAACAAUUUUGUGGGGUGAGGGUUUGCUUUUUUUUACCCUGAUUUAUUGGGGUUUUAAAAAUAUAAAACUUUUUUUUUUAAAAGAUAUGAUUCUGUAAGCAAUACGUCCAUUUGACAAAGCAUUCUACAAACCUGACGUACUAUUUUCUGGGUUACUGUUUAUAGACUGUACUCUUGAAUGGACAGAUAAAUGUGACGAGAGAUUUGAAAGAAAACAAUGUAGAGGGUAAUGAGUGAGCUUAACCUGCUUUAGGAAUGAAAUGUGUUGGGAUGUAUUCAAGAUCACUUAGCACAAUUUAGUUGCUCCUUAAUGCACAUUAAGCAACUUGUUAUACACAGACUUGAAAUCAAGGAAUGGGAAAAGCUGGACAGUUUUUUGUGUCCUUCUGAUAGUUCAUUGUAUAUGUGUGUGUGCAGAAUGCAGAUUCUGUUUCCUGUUGGACAUUUUGGAAUUGAAGCUAGGUGACAGUCAUUACAAAUUUAAAAAAUAUGGUUUUGUGAAGAUAUCUCUAGUCUGCUGGUUCAGGCUACUUGCAGAAUAUGGGUGAAGGGGCUUGUGAAGGAAUUCAUUUAAUUGUUUAAGGUAUUAUAAGUAUGUAAAUUGAUUUGACAUCUGCUGUGUUAAAACAGCAGGAAAAUGAAUUGGUGCAUUCAUGGUUUUAUACAUACUGAAGCAAGCAACAUCAAACAUGUUUGAUUGUGGCUGAAAAGGCAAAUGUAGUUUUCAAAGGUAUUGUGUUACAAAUGGUAAGUUUCCCUUUCUAAAGGCACCAGAAAACCCAAACCUUGUGCCUGGUCAGUGCAUGGAUCCAAAUGAGAUGGAUUGUACUAUUUCCAACUGCAGGUGUGCAACUGUGUUUUUGAAAGCUCAUUUACAUUAAAAAAACAAAAAAACCUUUCAAGUGGAAAGCUAGUCCAGUCCAGUCCAUUCCCUCCUGUGUUCUCCCCAAUUUGUUGGUAGUUGGAGGUUUUUUAGGUUUUUUACUUGAAGUGUUUGUUACAUGAGGAAGCAUUCUGAAAUGGCACUCCUCACUUGUAGCCUGUAGUGAUACACUUCCCUCCAGUCACCUCAGGAUUCUACCAUAUUCAGCUGCACAUAGCACUUACAUUUUUUAUAUACCGCUUUAUAGCCGGAGCUCUCUAAGCAGUUUACAAUGAUGUAGCAUAUUGCCCCCAACAUUCUGGGUACUCAUUUUACCGACCUCGGAAGGAUGGAAGGCUGAGUCAACCUUGAGCCCCUGGUCAGGAUCGAACUUGUAACCUUCUGGUUACAGGGCGGCAGUUCUACCACUGCGCCACCAGGGGCUCUUAUUGCAUGUGGUCCAGGUCUUAGAAUGCAAUCCUAACCACACUUACCAGGCAGUAAAACCUACUGAACUCAUUUGGACUGACUUCUGUUUAAACAUGCAUAGAACUGGGCUGCUGGAAAAGGAAAUUGAAUGUGUGCAGAUUAGAAAGUGCAUGACACACCACAGGCCUUUGAGAUGUGAGAGCCUUGGCCUCUUAAAAAUUCAAAAAAUAAAAAAAUAAAAUCCAAGAGCAGAAACAUGGUAGACAUCCAGUGACAUGGUGAGAAAUUUCUUUUCAGCCUUAAAGAUGGCAAAUUUGUAUAUCCUGAACGAGACUUUGAACCAGUUCUUCCAAAAAAGCAGUCCAUUCUCCCUACCACCUGCACCUAGCUGUGGUAGUCCCUGGAACCCAGAGGAAGCAGGGGAGAGUGUGUGGAAGGAAAUGCAAGUGGAGACACUUCUCCUGUCCCAGUAGGUUACGACUGAACCAUUAUCCUCUAAUACAGGGCUGCACAACUUGGGCCCUCCAGCUGUUUUUGGACUAUAACUCCCAUCAUCCCCAGCCACAGUAGCCAAUACCCAGGGAUGAUGGGAGCUGUUGUCCAACAUAUGCAGGAUAGCCUAACUUGUGCAGCUCUGCUCUAAUAUAUUAUCCACUAGAUACAGUUGUCCAGAUUAACUGUUAAAUGGUGGUACCAACCCCCCCCCCCCAAUUCAGAUAAUUGUGUAAUAGAUUUUUUAAAUCCUGGAUCUCAGUAAGUAUUGUAUCACUGAGAUGCACGAUUUUCAAGAAUCUUGCCAAUCUGAACAGUUAAAGUGUUUUCCAAAUCAUGUGAAUGCUCCAGGAUUGUGAAGAUAAUUGUCUGCCUCUGCAAGUCAAUUCUGUAUGUAAUGAUAUGUAGUUUUUGUUGAUUUGCCACAUAUCUGCCACCCUGACAUGUGUUUAUGUUGUAUUUCAUUUUGUAAAUGAUAAAGUGAUAGUUUUUGCACAUAAUACCUUGUACUACUUUACUGUAACUAGUGGGUGCGAGUGUACGUGUGUGCGCACGCACGUUAAAGUCAUCUGUGCCUAAAUAGCCAUCAGUGUCUUCUGUCUGUAAGACCUAGCCAUACAUCUUUUGAAAGUAUGAUAUCGUCCAGCUUCUGUAGGUUUGCUGUCAGCUGAGAUGUCACACCUUUACAACUAUCAAAGCGCUUUUACAAAGGUGCUUCACACCUUUACAACCCUGUCACUUAGUAACUGGCAGCUGAAUAUGUUGAAAAGCAUUGUCUUGACUGGAGGUGUUAUGACAGUUUUGCCUGUUGUGUUCAAACUAUCAUAACUUAUGUACACAUGCUGCAACAAUGAACAUGCAUUUGUAAACUCCGCCCUCCCGCUCCGCCUUGUAUUUUCAAGUUCACAUUUAAUUUUUUAGGUGUAACCUAAGAUGUUUUAAGUGCAAACAAAUGGGCGGGGGGGGGACACUUCUGUUUGCAAACAUGUAGCCUAUAUCAAACAGGGAGCCAGACUUAGCUGCGAUUCUCUGUGGAGCAAACUGCUUAAUAUGUGAAAAUGCUCCUAGGCUAAUAAUUCCUAAUAAAUUAGGAAUUUAUUACUAGUUGGUGCCAAACCUGCAGGAGCUAUUCUGUAUUGUACUGCUACCACCUCAUCCCAUCUGUACUGUAGCAGAUGGUAUAUGGAAGUGAGGGCACUUCUGGGCAUUACCUUCCCUAAAGACAGUAGUCCCGGCACUUAAAGUGAGGUCGGAAAUGUCUCACAACGAGGUCCUUGUUUGUUCUGAGACUUUGAGCAUUAGUUGCUGUUCCCUUGUGCCAAUAGCUUCUGGUAUGUUUAGACUAGCAACAGUCUCUGUAGACCAGGGUUGCACAACUCAAAUGCCCUGGUGGGCCGGAACCAUCUACAACUUGGCGUGCAGGGGCCGAGGUCAAUUUUUAGCAUAUUAUUACAUUAAAAUUAAAACUUGUGAAUCUAUCCCCCCUGUCAAUGGACCCAUAGUUUCAACCAAGGGUAGUGGCCAGAAAAUAGGUCCUGUCCCUGCUCAAUCAGUGGGGCCCCUGGAGUGCAUGCCAGCCCCAAACAAAUGCCAAAUCCUAUCCUCUCCCUAAAUUCUUUCUGCUUUCAGGCUGCAAUGCUAGGUAUACUUAUAGGGGAGUAACAUGGGAGUUACAUGGCACACCAGUGGAGCAUAGUUCUAAGAAAGCAUGCACAGGAUGGCACUAUAAAGCAGUUUCCCGCUCCUGUGUUGCUGCAGGGUACCUGGGGGCCAGUAAAAUAGUCACUGCGGGCCGAAUCCAGCCCCCGGGCCUUAUGUUGUGCAGGCCUGCUGUAGACAGCAGCACAACAGCUCACAGUGGGCAAAAGCACUCUGUUACUCUGUUCCCUGGAGAACAGCAACUCGCUACUUUAGACCUGGUUUAAGAAGAUUUGUGCAUAUCUCCUGAAACAGCUUACACCACAGCUGGGGUUGCCAACUCCAAGAUUGGCCUGGGUCUUCAGGAAUUGGCAUCAAUCUCCAGGUGCUUAUUGAAUGCAGUCCUGGAAACUGUAAUAGCUUGAUAGUGUGUGGGGUGUGUGUGUGUGUGGGGGGGGAAUCUCCAGGAAUAGUUUCAGUGAAGAGAUGGCAACCCUAGCCACAACAAGUAGGACUGGUUUUACUUGGUUGUGCAGACAAGUCUUUGAGAAGAAAUAUCCAACUAUGUAAAAUGCUAGGUAGAAGAAAACCUGGACGUGUUUGGGGAUUCUUCAGUAAAAAUGAAAGUUUGUUUGAAAUGGUGGACUGGGAAGAGGGUAAAGAGCAGCAGAAUAAGAUGGAAGCUGGCACAGACUCAAGGUAUCUUUUAAAGGAGGCACUUUGCACCCUUUUCCCUUUAAAGAAACAUCUUGGCCUUGAAUUAAUCCCGAUUUAGAAUGAUCAGACAAUUUUGACUAUGCUCCUGCCUACUGCUAAACUUUGCUCCUCACAGACUGAACAAAACAACUGAAACUGCUCAGAACCAGCGCCUAAUUCAUGUGUUUUUACUUAGCAAAUUAAAAGAAAAAAGCUACUUUAGAGAGAGAUUAGGAGUGUCCUGCUGGCUAAUCUUGCUCCACAACUAUUUGAGCUAUGUUUGAAAUGCCACUACCUCCAAAUCAACUCCCAUCUCAGGUUUGUUGGGCAGCUACGAUGCAGUGGAGAAAGUAGGGAUGAGGAGGGAGACGGCUGUAUAAAAACUGUGUCUGAAAAUGGUGGACUGCAGAGGAACAGGACCAAAACAAGCACACACAAAUUCAUGAUUACUUUCCCUUCUGUUCGUAGUCGCAUGUUGUUUAACAAGUCAUUCAUUUAUAUUUCUUUUUCUAUAAAAGCAUUUUAUCUGUCACUAUUCCUGACAGCAAUUUUGAAGUAUAUACAUGAAAUGAAAAGCAGUUUUUAUCUUUGCAGAAGCCAAUAUCUGCUUAAGUAUUAAACUAGAUUUUUUAAAUUUGAAGAUGGCAAAUGGUGAGCAAAGAUGUGAGAGCAAAGAAGAUCCAGCUACAAAAGGAAGACAUGACUAACUUUUAGGGAGGACUUACUAGAAAUGUAGUAUAUACAGAAUGAUCAGAUACUUACACAGAAGUAAGUGCCAGUGCUUUAAGUGAGCUUUCUCAUAGGGUUGUGGUUUUAGAAUUGCAAGACAUAAAUAAGAAUGGGCACAGUCCAGCCAAAUGUUAAGCACCUUUAAAACCCACUUAUUAUCAACAGAGUUAAACAUGUGCUUAAAUCUCUCCUAUGUAAAUACAUCAAAGGCGUGUAACUCUUAGCUGUGGUUGGAUCUUGCACAGUGCCUUUUUUCAUGGCUGAAAAUGGUUUUUUGGGUCCUAUUGUGGAGACUUCCUUUUUUAUAAUAUUCUUACAUUAAGAUUGUGGUAUUUUAAGCAAACAUUUGUAGUGCCUCUAUUUGUAAAUUAAAUUUCAGUUUAAUUAAAAAGAAUUUACUAGCUGA